AUGGGAAUUCAAGCAGAAAGCAAAAGUGAACCCACAUGGACCCACAACAGAGACGAUAUUGCCGCAUAUGAGCUCAACCUUUACCGUGUCUCGGUUCCCGAUGAAGGCACUACAGUCAAUCUCACCAAAGUUGAAUCAAAGAAGCUACUCAAAAUAACAAGCAAAAUCUCCGAGGCCUAUGGAACGGCACUACCAAAGAAAACCAUUCACGUCAUUGCUCGGCUUCCAUCGACAGGUAAGGGAUUAGCUCUGUCAUCUGGACGGAAGCCAUGGAUUAGGCAAUAUGAACGACCCGUCGGCAUUGAACAAGAUCAACUUGUUUAUACCUUUGGUUCAGGUUUCCCGCUUCUCCGCCGAGAGGAAACCCUUGACGUAUUAUGGAAUGGAGUUCCUUAUUACAAUGGCAUCUUUGAGCGAUUUAAAAACCGCAACAAUAGGAACAAGGGCCUACACCCAAUCCCAUUACUUGCCUGUGAACCAGGUACAGGCAAAAGCCGGUUCCUCCGAGAAAUUGGGGGAAUGCUUCGUGAAAAGGUCAGCUCUUGCAGUGAUCAGAGUAUCAGAAGCGCCUUCCCCAAUAUGGUCUCAAUCAAUAUUACCUAUGGCAGUGGCACUCUUGCCAGUGGGUCCGAUGUCUGGAUUGGAGGUGAAGCAUCUAUCGCCGCUAGAUUACUCUACGGAUAUUUUAUCAGUACCGAUAACUUCGCCAAAAAAGCCCAGCUUAAGCCUUUACUGCAAAAGAAAGGCGCCGAGCGACUCACAUUGAACACCACCAUAGAGGUUAUUCGUACUGAUAUUAUCAAUCGCGGCACAUCCACUAACGGUUUCUCUGUGCUGGUCAUCAACAUCGACGAGGUGAAUCACUUACACAGAGGCUACCCAGACACUCUUCGACAAGCUGUACAUGCUGUCGGGGCACUGAGCUGUAGAACCACAGAGCCUUUUUGUAUUCCUAUUAUGGCGAGUACAAUCCAAGGGCCCGUCGAAAGCAUGGCCAUGGGAUCAUAUCGUAUGCUACUCCUACCUCUUCCUCUUCUUACUGACGCCGACGUGGUCGAAAUUGGCCUUAAGCUACACCUGACUAUAUACGACAAGAUUCCGCCUCUGACUGAAGAUUACCUGAGGAAUGAUAUAUUGUUCCGCCGUAGUAUCGCAGACAUUGGUGGGAUGGCGAGGGCUGUUGAGUAUUUCUAUCUUUUCUUUGUGUUUCACUUAAAGAAAACAAAGGAGAUUCCUGGCCAGGCUGAGGAACUUACGGAAUGUCUGCGCAAUGUCGAUAUCGUGGUCGUUAUGCAGCAGCUGGUAACUGAGUUAGACACGCUUUAUCCUUUUGAGGAGUACGAGGAGCUCAUGACACCUGUACUGGCAAAGGCUAUUCUUGAUAUGCAAGGGAGCCCCAGCCGACGGCUUUAUGCAAUUGCGUUUACAGAACAGAGGAGAUAUUGUGUCUUUGUGUUUGUCUUGUCAAAUGAAAUGGACCAAGGAACAGGAUUCAAAAGAACAUAA